UAUGGCUAUGAGAGAAGCCGCUCCCUUUUCCAUCACACACGGACUACUUUCAAUCUAAUUGGACAAUAAUCUAUCCAAUCACAUUCCACGUUGCACGGCGGCCGCUCAAUUUUGAAAACCAAAAUGGCUACUGAGGCUGUUCAAGCGUUACUUGAAAGAUGCGACCAUCUACAUUUGGAAUUGUACGAUGUGGCAGAGCAUCAGGAGGGUGGGGAAGCGGAGUUGAUGGUGCCCUACCUAACCGAAAGUCGUAGCAAACAGAAGAUUUUGUGCAGACAGUUGUUUGUGCUGGAUGACAUGAUGCAGCUUCUGGAGAGACUGGAGACAACUGACCAGCUGUUUAAUGAACCCUGCCCCCCAAACCCCGGCAACGAAGCUCACAGACGCUGGAAGGUCCUGAAGAGUGAAUAUAAAGAGGGAGUCCAGGAGGUGGAGACACUUAUUAGCACCUUACAGGACAGGAUGGACAAACUGCACCACAAACGGGACAGACUGACAAACCUGGUCAUAGCACUAGAGAAGAAGAAAGAUCUCAGCCUGCAGAUGGGGGAGUCCCUCAAGACGGCCCACAAUGCCUUGCGUGUAUGUGAGGUGCAGCUGGCCCAGCUGAGGGUGGAAACAGACGCCACACUGGCCCGCUCGGCUGACUGGCAGCACCUGAGAGAUGUCCUGCAGGGCUAUGUGGAGGAGACACAAGGGGUGAUGCAGUGUAGGCUGUUGUCAGUGGGGUCCUCGGAGCUGUGUGUGGAACUGAGGCCCUGCUCCUGUGAAUCCUCUGGCCAGCUGGAGCCUCUCAGACUGACUGUCACUUGGAGCCCUGAUGACCACUUCCACCUCCAGGUGUAUCAGGGUACUACAGGGCUGUUAGUGGAGUCCAUGAAGGGUCGCCUUUCUCACCUCAGUGCUGCCCUGCUGGAGGUCAUGCAGUGCUACAUCAGCCAGGGAGAGAUGCUGGCUGAGGUCCAGGCCCUACACUCCAGGUUUGCUAUAGACUGGCGUCCAGGCCAGAGACUGCUAGUGUUCCUGAAGACUGCCUCUUCGGUGUGCAACCUGGAGGUGGAGGAGGACUACCCUUCCAGAGGCACAGCUACACUCAUCUCUGUACGCAGGGACGGCAAACUGGUCGACAACGCUGUCCUACAGCCUCCCCAGAAGACCCCCUCUCUGACAGAGUGGCUGGAGUUCCUCUCCUCCAGUCCGUACGUCUGACCAUCUUCUCUCUAGUUGACACAGAGGAAGUGGCUGUUUCUCUCCAUGGUCACCAAAGGGGCGCCCUUACCUCUAAUAUGUAAAUAUUAGGAAUGUAACAAUUCAAUAUGCAUUGAUCCUGGUUCAAAUGUUGCUAGUGCAUUGUCCCCAAACCAAUCCAAAUUUAGCAUGCAUCGGUCAGAAAACCGAUUUUCAAACGUUACAAUCGCCAGUUCUUUUCGCCAGUUCUUUUCACUCAUUGUUUUAUCCCAAAAAUGCCUCUUAUGUGUUGUGACUGAGUUGAUGCAUCCUCUCCUUCAGUUCAGUAGGCUAUUGAACUUUUAUGCGUGUAACUGCACAUGACUGUCAGGUAGACACAGCUGCUUGCGCCGACUAGAAGUAGGCCUCUCCAUGUUCUUAAUGGGCUGUCCGGACAUCACCGCGGCACCUUCAACAUUCAGAGGCUUUGAAAAUGGCUUUCUCAGUGUCAUUUCGUAGGGUCUUACUAGUUGAGUGACAACCAAUGCAAUUUGCCGGGUCAUUGUUACCAAAUGCGCUGUAGAAUUGUUUUUUUUACUGGGGUUGCGUAGUCUACCGGAGUGCACACAACUCGCAUCGACCUGCUGAGUGGGGUUUUCAAUCACUCUGAUUUUAUUUUGAUUGUUCGGGUCCCCAUAAUAAAUAGUUUGUUUAAAGAAAAACUA